AUGAAAUUGCAUUCGGUGCUCACCCUAGGUGCCCUUGUUGUUACCCCUUGCCGCGCGUCCUGCUCUUCGUCGCCCUUGAUCGACUGCCUUAACAGCAAAGAGGUCCCUUUCAAACUACCCUGCGAUUCGGAUUGGAACGACUAUGCACCGACUUUCAACGUCAGGCUCCCAGUCACGCCUGCUGUGAUUGUUGUUCCUAAGUUGACAACCGAGCUUGGAGAUGCAGUCGUCUGUGCUGAUCACAACCACAUCCAUGUUCAGGCUCGCUCUGGCGGCCACUCGUACGCAUCAUACAGCCAUGGAGGUGUGGAUGGCGCCAUGAUGGUAGACCUGAAGAACUUCAACUCGGUUCACAUGGCACCUGGAAACUCAGGCCAGAAUGCAACCGCAUAUGUUGGUGGUGGAGUACGACUCGGCAACAUGGCUAAGGCAAUCUACGAUGCUGAUAAGCGUGCUAUGGCCCAUGGUACAUGCUCAGGUGUUGGCAUCGGCGGUCACGCUACUCAUGGUGGAUACGGCUUCUCUUCACGAUCCUGGGGACUGGCCCUGGACCAGAUCACUGGGUUGGAUGUCAUACUUGCUGACGGCAAUCUGGUAACGGCGACCGCGGAUCAAUACCCGGACGUCUACUGGGCCAUGCGCGGCGCUGCAGAUUCAAUAGGCAUCGCUACGGGUUUCUAUAUGCAGACUUCGCCUGCCCCUGAGAAGGUUGUCAACUUUGUCUACGAUCUCUCGCCGUUUUCUGCAGUCAACGUGUCAACCGCUGUCGACUCGUUCCUCAAGAUACAGGACUUUGUGCACAACAGUACUUCCAUCGACCGUAAACUCGGUUUCGGUAUGACGCUAGGCAAGACCAGCGGCGACAAGGGCACCGGGAUCUUCCGGUUGCAAGGAGCCUAUCUCGGCUCGGAAGCCGAGUACACGUCACGUGUCGAGCCUUUGUUCCUGGGUGGUUUGCAGUGGGCGACAAAGAACGUUACUGAAUACGAUUGGCCGUCGUCACUUGCAGCCCUAGACGGAGUGAGCCUCACUCCCCCGGACCCAUAUAACCUACAUUCCAACUUCUUCGCCAAGAGUGUGGUGGUCCCCGAACCUGGAAUGAACGAAAAGGCUCUGACCACUUACUUUGAGUACAUACUCAAUGGACCCAAAGCGCCUACUGACUACUUCAUCCUGGUCGACCUCUGGGGCGGAGCAGAUAGUCAAAUUAGCACGAAAGACACCGAAUUUGCCGCUUUUCCAUAUCGCAAUACAUUGUGGGUCGCUCAGCACUACGCACAGGUUGCUGGGGACAGCCCCUUCCCCAAGGAGGGCAUUGACUGGCUCAAUGGUUUGAACGAUGCAAUGACCCAGAAUUUGCCGGUGUGGCAUAUGUACCAGAACUAUAUUGACCCCACAUUAUCGAGAGAGGAGGCACAGGCACAGUAUUACACACCAGAGGUCCUACGUCGCCUACGACAGCUCAAGGAAUACUUUGACCCAAACAACGUUUUCGCUAACCCGCAGUCAAUUUAA